CUUCCGAGUUCUCUCUCUUACACCUCUCUGGGUCAGUGAUGUGUUUCCUGCUAACUGGCAUCUUCCACGGUCAGCUGCACAGGACUCCACCUGGACUGCUAAUGCUAAGUCUGCUUUUGCUAUGGCAAGGCUUAACGGGCUCAGUGGCUAUCCACAACAUAGGCGUGAGGCUGGCUGAUGGGAACUCUCUCAACGAGGGCCGUGUGGAGAUCUACUAUGAUGGCCAGUGGGGAACGAUAUGUGAUGAUGGCUGGGACAUGGCUGAAGCAGACGUUGUCUGCCGCUCCCUGGGCUUCAUAGGUGCCAAAGAAGUGAAGGCGAGUGCGGCAUUUGGGCAAGGAUCAGGACCCAUUUUUUUAGAUGACGUCGGCUGCGUUGGGACAGAGACAUCUCUUGCACAAUGUAGCUCUCCUGGGUGGCUGACCCACAACUGCGGACAUGGGGAGGAUGCUGGAGUGGUCUGUGGCAACAGAAUACACAAUCAUGGGAGUUUUGUUUUGGAUCAUUCUGGAAAUUUAUCUGAGGACCUUGGUAAAUUAUAUGACAGCCAGCAAUACUGCGACCUCAACAUCACAGUUGUGAUAGCGGAAAACAACUUGGAAUCCCAGGAUCCUAUCUGUGCACAUAGUCUGAUUCUUCAUAUGAACAGUGAGGCCAGCAUUCUGCUCCAGGACAGGAAUAAGUCAUACACCCUGGUGGUGGAAGAGGAGUGUUUGCCUAUGGUGAACAGCUUUAUCAGAUACUUCUACUCUAGGAAAAUUGAAAUCGCCUUGGAUUCAGUAAAGUGCUACCACAACUUGGCUUCAGCCUACGGGGCAUCGGGUCUGCAAGCUGACUGCAGGCAGAUUUUCCCAUAUCUGCUUCCAUCGGACCCCUCCUUCCGUGGCCCACUGGAACUGUAUGAAUAUAGCCUGUCCAGUGGAGACAUACCCCUGCAGGAGCUCAUUCUGCAGUUCUUGGCUUGGAACUGUGAGGACCUGUCCAACACGGAGGCCUGGUUGCGCCUUAAACCGGCGCACAUGGAGGCUCUGCUCUCUCGCUCUGACGUGGUGAUUGAGAGCGAGUGGUCUCUGUGGAAAGCUCUGGACCGCUGGGCUCAGGCCAAUGGGCCAGCGGAAAUGACGACACUUCUGGAAAAAAUCAGAUUCCCCAUGCUCCUCCCGGAACAGCUGUUUAAGCUGCAGUUCAACCUAACAUUUGGGGGGGAUUAUAAAGAUGUCUUCCAGAGGAAGAUUCUGGAAGCCCUUGAAUUCCACACAGUGCCAUUCACGUUACUUAGCCAAUUCAAGCCUCAUGUACUCACCAGUGAGGCAUAUGUCCCUCGUUGUUAUGUUGCUUCCACUUGGAGCACGCACCUAACCCGUGACCUUUUGACACAGCUCAAUGGAUCUAGCAUCUCCCAGUCAUUUGAAACCCCCAAACACUCCAGCUUUCUUUUCAACAGCCAGAAGAUAUCCUGGUCCUUCAGUUACUAUGGCAUGGCGCAGGAGUGCCAAAACGAUAGCUUCUGCUCCUCAGAAACUUUCCCUAUUCUCCACCUUGCGCCAACUGAUCUCCAAGAUGCCACCUUCUGGUACAUGAACAAAGCACUCUUGCUGUGCCAUGGUUCCUAUAUCACAGGGGUCCUUGACUUUAAAAAUGGUACAGCUGGGGUCCCCAGCACCACCUUCCCUUGCCCAACUGAGUACACAGACUUCAUGGCUCUGGUGCGUCCUGCUUACAAUCUGAAUGCAUAAAGAUCUAGGCAUUUCCUUCCUAUAGAGGCAGUAUCUGGGAAAAGCAGAAGUCUUUCUCUUGAGUCAUAUCUGCUAGUAUCCUUCAUUUUUUUCUUAGAGCCAAGCUAUAAGUGAUGCCUGACACAGGUUGGACACUUGUCAUCUUCCCUCAAGUUUUGAUGGGAAAUGUAGGCAUCCUGGUCUUGCAGCUUGGCUCCCUGACUGCUGUCCAAUGGACUUUUCAACUGUCACUUGUCCAACAUUCCGCCAAGCUGCCUACAUUUCCCAUCAAAACUUGAGGGAAGCUGACAAGUGUCCAACCUGUGUCAGGCGUCACUUGUAGCUUGGCUCUUAGUUUCCAUACUGUCUCUAGAUCCAGAACUGUAACUUGAUUGUGAUGAUCCCUUAAAACACAGCUCUUAAAGGUUCAGAUGUUUUUGUGUAAUAAAAAUAGCAAUAAUAGAAGGAAUUCUAGGUCUGUGCAUGUCCCAAUAGGAUGUCAAGAUUUAAUGGCAUUUUUACAUUGGCUGUGUGAUAUUUCUUGAAAAUAAGUGGAGCUUACAAGAACGACUAUAUAUUAUUUUAACUUUGGUUGCCUCAGGUGCAUUAAGCUUUACCUCUUCCGCAAAUAAAUGUUUGGAUUUCUAAA